AUGAAUCGUACACCAUCAAUAGAUGUUGUUUCAUUCCUACAGGUCAAUGUUUUAUUAUAUCGCACUAAAGUUUCUUAUGCAAAAACGAAAAAUAUUUUAUUAAACAUAAAAAGGUAUAACUCUUCUUCAUCAAAUAGAUGGUUAAACAGGCAACAAAAUGAUGUAUAUUCUAAUCAAGCAAAAGUGGAAAAUUUAAGAUCCAGAGCAGCUUAUAAGCUAAUAGAACUUGAUGAUAAAUUUAAAUUUUUUGACAAGUCCAAACAACAAAAUAUUUUAGACCUGGGUUUUGCUCCUGGCGCUUGGUCUCAGGUCGCAAGGGUCAAAACGAAUAGAUUCUCUAAGAUUUUUGGUGUUGACAUUUUGCCGUGUCAGCCCCCAACUGGUGUCAGUAGCAUACAAGGGAACAUCUUGUCUAGAAGAACACAUGAUUUGAUAAGACUUUUUUUUUCCAGAGAAAUAAAGCUAAACAAAAUUGACAAGAUACAUGAAGAUUACGGGUAUUUUGAGGAUCUUACAGAAAAAGAAAAUAAUCUUUACCACAAUAAUCCACAACUGGAAGGAGAAACUGAAACUUUGUGCAAUGAAAACUUACCUGAAAUUAUGAAACAACCUAUUGAUUUGGUUAUGAGUGACAUGUAUGUACCUUGGCCACAAAUUUCAGGAUACUGGGCUCAGACUACUAAUACUCCUUAUUAUAGGAUGGCGAAUACUACAGGUGUUGCUAUUAAAGACCAUUACAUGAGUAUGGAUCUAUGUGAUGCUGCUUUGGUCGUUGCUUGUGAUUUAUUAAAAACAAAUGGAAAUUUCAUUUGUAAAUUAUAUACAGGCAAGGAAGAUAACUUACUGGAAAAACGAAUGAAGAAAAUUUUCAAUAAAGUCCAGCGUUUUAAACCAAAAACUUGUAGGGAUGAAUCAAAGGAAAUAUAUCUUGUGGGUUUGAAAAAGAAAAAAAACGUUGAUAAAAUGGAAGUUUUUUUAUAG